GGUCAUCCUUUUCCUCCAUAGUUUUAUAGUUAUAGUUCUCGUCUCUCUGUUUGGCAACUAAGAAAUCAAUCCCAUCGUUCAAGAAAUCUCACAGAGAAAGUGAGGGAAAAUGAGUUACUACAACCAGCCACCGCCUCCCGUCGGCGUCCCUCCGCCGCAAGGUUAUCCACCGGAAGGUUAUCCCAAGGACGCUUAUCCACCGCCAGGAUAUCCUCCGCAGGCCGGUUAUCCUCCUCCAGGUUAUCCUCCGCAGGGAUAUCCACCGCCGGCGUACGGUCCGGCGUACGGUCAACCUCCGCCUCAGCAGCAACAGCAACAACAAAGCGUUGGAUUCUUGGAAGGCUGUUUGGCUGCUCUUUGUUGUUGCUGCCUCUUGGAUGCCUGCUUCUAGUGACGGCCUUUUCUGAUUGAUCAAACGGCGUACAGAACUCGAAUCCCCAUUUUGAUUUUAAAAUUGAAAUUGAAUUUGUUUUCACUGUACAAUGUUUCAUUUCCAUCUCCCCUUUGUCAUACUGUGUGUAAACAUCUCUCUCUUUAUUCUUAUUUAUCAACUCCCAUCUCUCUUCAAAUUUCAUGAACCUUGCUUUUGAAGAAGAAUUGGUUUGCAACAUUCAUUUUAUUGUUUAUUUUACUGACGGUGAUAUUUUAUCGGUGAACACCUAAGUUUUAUCUA